AUGUACACAGCCCUCAUCCUGUCCCUCUCCGCUGCCGUCGCGAUGGCCUUGGAUGGCCACAGACCAUGCGGUCUCAAGAUUGCUCCAUGCCCAAGCGCUCAACGGUGCCAGGCACUGGACCCGACAUGCACGCUCGGCGUAAACUGCCUCGGGUACUGCACGGUGACGUCGACAUCGACGGCCAGGCCACGCGCCUCGACAUAUGCUCCGUGCGGCGGGUUUCGCAUCACGCAAGAAUGCCCCUGCAAGGACCAGAUCUGCAUCGACGACCCCAGAAGCCAGGGCUGCGGUAUGGCCUGCGACGCGCCGGGCAUCUGCGUGACACCCGUCUUCUGCGGCGGCUUCAUCGGCAGGGCGUGCCUCGACGGCAAGAGAUGCAUCGACGACCCGCGCGACGACUGCGACCCCAAGCAUGGCGGCGCCGACUGUGGCGGCAUCUGUGUUUAG